UGGGUGUGUCUCCGCUUCACGAGCGCCACAUGACCGACGGGAGGACAAACAGUCUGGAAGUUUCGUAUCCGCCAGAUUGUUGAAGUUUUUGCUGUUGUAAGAGAAGCCAGAGAGGAGGUUACAGUCCAACACUGGAACAGGACUACUCAAUCUAAUCAUGGCAAACCAGCUACAGACGCUUGUAGCAGAAAAGAAGGACAUGGUGGAGACUGUGAUGGAGCUGUUGGAGCAGGGGGCCGAAGUAGUGGCCAGCUUUGCGGGUGACUUCUUUCCUUUUGUCUCCAUCGCUGCUCCAAUUGUUAAACUUGCUUUUGACAACGUGGAAAGCAGUGAAGCUAAAUUCAUGAGGGAGCAGUUUCAGAAGGUGCGGGACCAUCUGGAGGUGGUCUCUGAGGAGAUUCAGAGGAUCAACGAUGAGAUCAAGAAGAGCGGAGUGGACACUACGUAUUUCCCAGUGGAAGAGAACAUCACCAACCAGUUCAGGAAGUACAUGGAAAUCCUCAACGCCAAGCCCAAGUACAGGGAGGCUAAGAAGAAGCUUUUCCUGGACCAUUUUGACAAGACCGGUGGUGAGAAGAACCUGGAGACCCUCUACGAUGCUGUGACGGGGAAGCAGAUGUUUGGCGAAUCUGUGCUUGAAAUCAUUCUCAACUGCGAAGAGAAAAGCCGCCGGACCAUGGAGGACUUCUGCGCCAGGUUGAAGAGGCUGUUCUGCAUCGGGCUGAUCGCGCUGUUGGGCCACGCCGCUCUGAAGGAAUACGGCGAGGAGGAGGACCUCCUGAAGGUCUGGGGCGAGAAGAUGCAGGAUGUCCAGGCUAAAAUACACAGCGUGAUCGAAGACUGCAUCGUCAGCUUCCCUACGCAGGCUGCACUGGAUUGCCAGCGACUGGUCAGAGACCAGCCACAUUUAACCAACCAGCAGUUAGCCGACGCGCUGCUUGAGAAGCUAAAGAAGAAGUACGACUGGGUGUCCUGGUCCGUGCGCGUAUUCAAGCCUUUCAGGGUUUGGUUUCCUGGCAACAAGGACCCCCACUGCGUGACGGGGAAGAGCCGCUUCCAGGUCCCCUCAUCAAAUAAGACACUUGUGUGGGUGUCCUACAGCUCCUCACCUGAGCCUGUGGAUAAGAACCACAUCCAGCAGCUGAUCCAGAGUCAGAAGAAAGUCACGGCGACAAGCGUAGCAGAGUUCCUGUUUGAGAAGUUGCCUGGUAACUGCGUGGUCCACGCUAUCAAAUCCAAAGACCCGGCCUGCUCCUCGAGCUUCAGCGACGAGCUCCACUACUGGGAGGUUCACAAUGAAUUCUCCGUGUGCGUCCACUCGUCCUGAAGCUCUCAGCUGUCGCUGGACCAUUUUAGGAUUGAACAGAUAAUCACCACUUCUGUUGCUGCUUCUGUCCUUUUUUUAAUUACUGUCUUACAGACACAAGUGAUUUUCUUACUUCUAAAACACACAAUCACCUGCUAUCUUAUUAAACGUUGAUCUUAUGACUCAUUGAUGUUAUAAACAUGUGGUGGUUGUGUUACUUUGGGACGAGCGGGGUAUUUGUAGCUUUAAAGCGCCUGGUGUCAGAGAGAGAUAACGUUUUGCUGGUGGUGAUAAGCAGUGACCUCGCCCACCUGAGGUCACAUAGAUCGAAGUCUUCACAAGCAUUUUUAUAGAAAUCUUUGAUUUUACUUUUUGUACUCAUCUGACAAAAAACCUUAAACCAAUAAAACUUUAUUCACACAGCUUGUCAUGAACAUGCUGAGACGAAGUGAUGUUUACAUAUGUAGAAGCCUUAAAUAGUAGAACGACAGAAAGCUACUCUUCAGUGGAAAUAAGAGAUAAGGGUUUAAGAUAUUUUGUGAUUUUAAAAGGUCCUUUGACCAAAGCAGAGACACUAGGCUGAACCAAAGGAACGUCUGCAGAAACACCUGCAGACCACUAAUCUGUAUUUGUCUGUGUUAAUGUAAACCAAUGUUUCAUGGGUGUGUUCUUUGUUCGUGUCCAGUAUGGUUCCUAUGUUAUUGCAAUAGUUUAAUUCAUUGCUUUAAAGAUCUCCUCUGACCAAAACAUGCUUCAUAUUUAAUGCUGGGGUUUAAUGUUGCACUAAUGUUUUUCUACAUUGUAUGAUGGGGUAUCACUGUCUCACAGUUCUGUUGAAACACCAAAGCAACAAAUGUAAUAAAAAUUUAAAUAAACUUCCUCAAUAACA